AUGGGCGUGGAAUCGAAAUUCUCAGCAACUACUUCUGUAGUAUCUCCUGCUUCAUCUUCAAAUGAAAUCCAGCAUCAUCAACCAUCGUCUAAUAGAAAACAUCAGCAGAAUGGGAUGGCUGCCUUCUUUACAAGAACAUUCCGUUUCUUGGAAAUUCCUCUCGACGAAAGAGAAACAAUCAGUUUCUUAAAGAACCCUGAUUUACAGCCCAUUAAAUCUGAAUACCAAACUUGGGGGUUUUGGUCAAAUUUCGCCUACUGGGGGGUCAUGUCCUUCUCAGUGGGGACUUGGAUGGGUGCCUCUUCUGGGUUAUCUGCUGGUCUAUCGUAUCCAGAGACUAUUGGUAGUUAUAUCAUUGGUGAUGUUGUCACCAUUAUGUUCACAUUGGGGAAUUCGUACCCUGGUUCAGAUUGGAAAAUUGGGUUCACUUUAUGUCAAAGAUUCGUAUUUGGUAUCUCGGGUUCCAUCUUUGGGAUUAUGUUACGUGUGUUAAUGAGUAUUGUUAAUUAUGGUUCAAAUGCUUGGCAAGGUGGUCUUUGUAUUAAUAUGAUUCUAGAUUCUUGGUCUCAUCACUAUUUACACUUACCAAAUACUUUGUCAAAGCAUGUUCAUAUGACUACAAAGGAAUUGAUUGGGUUCAUUCUUUUCCAUGUUGUUUGUUGUAUAGGAUAUCUUUUCAAACCACAUCAAAUUAAUUACAUGUUAAUUGCCUCUUGUGUCGCCACGUGUUUUGCCAUGAUUGGUAUUAUUAUUUAUCUUUGUUCAAGAGCUCAUGGUGUUGGUGAAUUAUUCACUUCUACUGCAUCACCAGUAUCAGGUUCUGCUAAAGCUUGGGCUUGGGUUUAUAUGAUUUCUUAUUGGUUUGGUUCAGUGUCUCCAGGGUCUGUCAAUCAAAGUGAUUUCUCAAGAUUCGCUUCUUCUCAACCUGCUGUUUGGUGGGGGACCAUUUGUGCUUUAUUGGUCCCAACCACUUUAGUCCCAAUCUUUGGUAUUAUUGGUGCCUCUACUUGUCAAAAAUUAUAUGGUCAACAAUUUUGGAUGCCUAUGGAUAUUUUCGAUUAUUGGUUAACUACUAAUUACUCUGCCGGUGCAAGAGCAGGUUCAUUUUUCUGUGGGGUUGCAUUCACAAUGUCUCAAGUUGGGUAUAUUUUAGAAAAUGCAGGUUUUGCUAGUGGUAUGGAUUUAGCUGGGUUAUUACCAAAAUAUAUUAAUAUCAAGAGAGGUGCUUUAUUAACUGCCGCAAUCUCAUUUGCCGUACAACCUUGGAAUUUCUAUAAUUCUUCUUCCACUUUCUUAACAGUCACAUCUGCAUUUGGUGUCAUUAUGACCCCUAUGAUUUCCAUUAUGAUUUGUGAUAAUUUCAUUAUUAGGAAAAGAAAUUAUUCUGUUUCACAAGCCUUUGUUUUUGAUGGUGAAUAUAAAUAUACAAAGGGUAUUAAUUGGAAGGCUUUCAUUUCUUUAGUAUGUGGUAUGACGCCAGGUUUACCGGGUAUUGCUUGGCAAGUCGAUAAUAAUUAUUUCCAUAAUCAAGGUAUCGUAAAUUUCUAUUACGGUGAUUCAUUUUUUUCAUUCUUAAUUUCAUUUUUCGUUUACUGGAUAUUAUGUUUGAUUUGGCCAACAAAGAUUGAAAUAUUACAUGAUGAUGCAGAUUAUUACGGUGCAUUCAAAGAUGAAGUUGCCAUUAAAAAGGGAAUGAUUCCAUACAGUAAGUUAACUGAAGAUGACAUUAACAGACAUGUCAAAUAUGAUGGUAAAUCAAUCGAUUCUGGUUCUACAUUUGAUCAAGAUGAAGAUGUUAUUAGUAAGAUGGACGUUAAUGUUAACGUCGAACCUUUAGAUAAUGAUGAUACAAUUGAUAGUAUUGGCCCUUCAGCAGAUGGGUCUCGUAAUACAGGAUAUGCAGGUCAUGUUAUAAGACAACAAACGUCAAAUGAAACACAAAUCGAAUAUGGUUAUAGUAAAGAUGAUAAACUAGAUAAUCAAGUAAAUGAAAUUGAAUUAAGAGAUCAAAAUUAUGACUCGAAAAAAUAA